CCUUAUCUUCGUGAAAUGAAAGAGCGCUUGUUGCUGUCCCGGGACCCCCCUGCCAGUAUGGAUGAUGCCUCACCCCAUGAAGCUGCUGACUCACAGAUGCUGGAGGUGCACCAGACUCCCGUGGGCACUGUGGUCAAGCUGAACGCGGACGGCUACGGAUCGCACACGUCACCAACACACAGGGUGGAGAGCCUCUACACUGCCACGCUGGAGUCCCGAAGAGGUGUGCUGGAGUACUACCCGAAGAAUGCAAAGACCUCAACAUUCAUCACUUUGUCGCUCCUCUACGCCACCCUGCUGGUCGUGGUGUGUCUGGGAUUCGUGUUAUCAGAAGUUCUUACUCACAAUGUUCCGCUGUACUACUAUGAGGCGUUCUUCACUUACCUGUACGGUGUCAGCAUCCUCUUCCUGCUGUACGUCCUCUGCUACCUGCUCUCAGACUCAGCACGGGACAGGAAGCCCAAACAGUCACAGGUCGUUGCGGGACACCACUCAGGCCAGUACAAUGUGUCAGAAUAUGAAUAUUACGCAUAUAACGAGGGUGUCCUACAGAAGGUGCGGCAGCCGAGGGGCUCGCUGACGGUUCCCCCCACGCAGGAGAAACUCACGUCCACCUCCUCCAGCAGCAAGCCAAAGAAACACAAAACGUCAGACAACGACCACAGCCAUGGAUCUUUCUUCCUCAGGAUCGGCGCCAUCGCGUUCGGCCUGGGCACCAUGAUAUACAAUGGGCUGGAGUUUGGCGUGUUCUUUGAGAUUCCGCAGACCUCACCGUGUUACCAGAUCCUGCGCGGCGUGAACCCUCUGCUGCAGCUUGUAUUUACCUUCAUGCAGAUGUACUUUAUCUUCAUGAAUGCACGGCUCAACAUUCACAAGUUCAAGUUCCUGGCACGUUUCGGACUGAUGCACAUCGUGGCAACCAACCUGUGUGUGUGGGUGCGGACGCUGGUCAGAGAGAGCCUGAAGGAGAUUAACGAGUUCAGGGUCUCCGAAGGGCACCGCGGGGAAGACUACAUGAUCUUGGAGGGUAUCCGCCGAGCCCUGGAGAACCGCGGUCUUAUGGCUCCCAACAGAUACCUCUAUAAUCUUGACGAGUUCGUUGAGAUGGAGGAGAUUAAUGAGACAAUCCAAGAGGCCAACACUAUGAUGAACGAAGAGGACUUAGUGAACCGAACCUGCCAGCGUGUUGAAAUCAUGGGUUCCAUCGUGUCCGACUCUGCCCCAUACCUGUACCCCUUCAUUGUGGAGUAUUCUCUCAUUGCUGCUGCUGUGCUUUACAUCAUGUGGAAGCAUAUAGGACGUAACCCCAGAUUUGUGUAUGAUGCUGAGAGCGCUGGCGAUGGUAUGUCUGUUGUGUCCCGGAGGUGCCACUCUCGCGUGGACUGUGUGGGUGCUAGCAAGGGGCUCUUCUGUGGUCUCCUGGUCCUGGUGGCUUCGCUCAUCUGCCUCAUCCUGUUCUUCGUGCUGGUGAACAGAGAGGAGCUGAAAAUGCUGGCAAUCUAUCUGGCCGACUGCUCCCACUGUGGCAUCAUGUUCUUCAGCAUCAUUGCCAUCUUCAUCGGAUUUGUCAGGGUCCGCCAACUCAAGUUCCACGGAGAGAGAGAAGAGGAGCUGGACGACAUCUUGCUAAUGGUCUCUGCAUUUGGACUCUUUGCUUACGCUGUGUUCUCAACUGUUGCUGGCAGCCUCUCAGCCUACACCCGUGAGCCAAACCUGCUGGUCAUGGUCACUGGUAUCAUGUCUGUGCUGCAGGUCAUCAUCCAAAUGGUGUUUAUCAAAGACACACAGCGGCGUCAGGUGUCUCUACCAGAACAUGAAAGGACCAAGCCAGGCAGACAGGUGGUCACAUUCCUGCUCAUCUGUAACUUGACUAUGUGGGUUAUAUACACCUUCGAGACACAGAAGGUGGAGGCCAACCCUGUGCAGCUUGAGUUCUUCGGGGACCUUCCAUGGACUAUCCUGCUCCGGUGCACCCUUCCACUGGCCAUCUUCCACCGCUUCCACUCCACGGUGGUGCUUGCAGCCAUCUGGAAAAACUCUUACAAAACGCGCAUUGAAUGAGGACAACCAGCCGGGCCCCAAGAUGCAGGGGUAGUUUGUAGUAUAAGUCACAGCUUCGCCAACAGCAAUGGAGUACUUCACCGCCCGACCCAUCCUCCCCUCCUGCAGCCCGCCCCGACAGGCCCCUCCUCCGAACUUGAGCCCAUGCUGCACACCCCCACCAGUCCCCUCCCGCCCCCCAGCCCUAGACCAACGAUCUGAGCAUAAAGUGUCUCUCUUCAGUAUUAUUUGAGGUGUUUGUGUGUGAGUGUUUGUUUGUUUGUUUGUUUGUUGGGUUGUGUUGUGGGCUUUUUUGGUGUUUUAUUUAUUUAUUUAUUUAUUGUUUGUUUGUUUGUUUUGUAGAGGUUUAUCGGUUUGUUUGUGUUUUUUUUAAUAUAUAUUUUUUUAAGAUAUUUUUUUCAAAUUUCAAUGUUUUAUUUAUUAAUCUGAAAUUUCAAUGCGUUUUUUUCUUUAAAGAUUUUUCAUUUUGUUUAUUAUUGUGUACAUUUCUUCUUCUUAUUCUGGUUCUUGUUCUUCUUUUUCUUCUUCUCAUUAUUCAUUUACUUAUUUAUUCUUUUCUUUAAUACCCACAACAACCUGACUGUGUGUGUGUGUGUGUGUGUGUGUGUGUGUGUGUGGUGUGCGAUGUGUAUGUGUGCGCGCAUGUACACACACACACACACGCACACACACACACAAACACACACACACAACAACGUCUGUAUGUACGUUUUGACAUUCAGGUACCCCCCUACCCCUACCCCCCAAGGACUGUGUGUGUAUGUGUGUAUGGCUCAAGGAAAAAACAAAUGAAAUAAAACAAGCACAGGGAGGAGGAGCCAUGGUCGUGCAGUGGGGUGUAUGUGCGUGUGUACGUCAAGUCAGUGCGCACACAAACGACCACAGAGAGAAAAAUGAAGAAAACGCACAUGAAAUCUCUAUGUAUGUAUGUAUGUAUGUAUGGUUACUAUCAACUGAGUGUUUUUUAAAUGAUAAUAAUAAUAAUAAUAAUAAUAAUGAUAAAUGAUAAUAAUAAUGACAAUAAUGUAGAGUUUAAUAGAGAGAUAAAGAAAAUAGAGAGGGAGAGAGAGAAGCCUAAGGAGAAAAUAUGAGAGGUUUUUAUAUACAUAGGAACAGACAUGUAUUACUCAGAUAUACUCAAAAAAAACAUAAAAAAAAAUGGAUGGGGAAAAAAAACGACAAAAAACAAGCGUGGAUUUUUUACGAAUGAUUUUUUCCAAACGACAGUACAAGCAGAAGGUGAUGCUAUGGACACAAAAAACUCCAAAAAACAAAAAACUUAAAAAAAAAACACCACCAACUAAAAAAAACGACAAAACUUACAAAAAAAUUCAAAAUUCGCGCCGUUUGGAUCAAUUUUUUUCCAAACGGCUCGAAUGAAAAAAAUAAUAAAAACAAAAAAACAAAAAAACACAUGAUAAAGAGAUUAAUUGUACUACUACUACUUCUACUACUACUACUUCUACUACUACUACUACUACUACUACUACUUCUACUACUACUACUUAUGUGUCUCGUAAAUGUAAAGUUAAUAUUUCAUACGUUUUUUGUGGCAAAGAAAGUUGUAUGUACGCUUUGAUGUUAGGUGUACAUUUUGUGUGUGUGUGUGUGUGUUUGUGUGUGUGUGUGUGUACACUUGGCCGAUAAAAAUCAUUCUUUUUUGCGGAGAAACGUCCGGUGUGUGUGUGUGUGUGUGUGUGUGUGUGUGUGUGUGUGUGUGUGUGUGUGUGUGUGUGUGUGUGUGUGUGUGUGUGUGUGUUUGUUUUAUUAUAAUUACCUGUACUAAAUGUCUAAUUACUAUUGAUAACUAAAAAAAAAACACCAUUUUCUCACCUGUAACCCAUAUUGCCUGUAUUCCUCCCUCCCUCCCCACCCCCUCACCCCCUUCCCACCCCCCCAUUGUAUAUAUGUGUGCUUCCCCUAACCUAACCUAAUCUUGGCUAUUCUUGCAAACAGUCACUCAAUUGUUUGGUGAUAAACUUAACAGAAAACAAACGUGUUCUUUUUUUUUUUUUUUUUAUUUUAUUUAUUCUUUUAUACAUAUAUAUAUUUUUUAUUUAUUUUUUUAGGGUUAAGAUACUUCUCUCUCUCUCUCUCUCUCUCUCUCUCUCUCUCUCUCUCUCUCUCUCUCUCUCUCUCUCUCUCUCUCUCUCUCUCUCUCAGACCAUUGCAACUUCCUUCCUAUCCUCCUCCUCCUCCUCCUCCUCCUCCUCCUCCUCCUCCUCCUCCUCCUCCUCCUCCUCCUCCUUCUCCCCCCCUUGCCCCCACCCCAAAAGAUGAUGAUGAUAAUGACUUUGAAAAUUGAAUGAUCACAAUGCAUAACAUAAAUAUUUAAAAUUAAUUUGUGUUUUUUUAUUUAUUCUAUUUUAUUUAAGUUUACGAAUUAUUAUUAUUAUUAUUAUUAUUAUUAUCAUUGGGAGUUACAUAAAAAAAUGGGAAUAAAAAGAAUCAUUUUAUUUUUAUUUAUUUAUUUUUUUAGCAUCGAAAAAAAGUAAAUAGAAAAAAAAAAUAAACAAGGCAUAUUUUUUUAUCUUUUAAUUUUUCGCUCCCUCAAAUUUAUCUUGUUAUUUUACGUUUUCCUUUUUUUCUUUAAUUAUUAAUCAUCACAUUUCCUGGUUACCAUUUGUUUAUUUGUUUGUUUGUUUGUUUGUUCCCUCACCUGCUUGAGAACCACCUGCUCUCUGUGUUCAACUGAAAGGAAGAAAAGAAUAACAGUUUGUAUUGUUAACCCUUUCCCUUGCAACCCUCAACCCUUUCCCCACAUAUCAGCCCCUCUCUCUCUCUCUCUCUCUCUCUCUCUCUCUCUCUCUCUCUCUCUCUCUCUCUCUCUCUCUCUCUCUCUCUCUCUCUCUCUCUCUCUCUCUGUAAAUAGAUUUCAUUUUCUUUUUCUUCCAUCUUUCAAUUUUUUUUUCUUUUUGUUAUAUCUUCCUCCUCCUCCUCUUCUUCGUCCUCUUCCUCUUCUUCCUCUUCUUCUUCAUCUAGGAAUAGCAGAAGGUGUGUUAAUGUUGAAGCAAAUUGUAAAUAGUUGUCUCCUCCUCCUCCUCCUCCUCCUCCUCCUCCUCCUCCUCCUCCUCCUCCUCCUCCUCCUCCUCCUCCUCCUCCUCCUCCUCCUCCUCCUAUGACGUGGACCAGUAUUGAGUUUUUGUCUGGUUUUGUAAUAAUGAUAAUAAUAAUGAUAAUAAUGAUAGUAGUAGUGAUUGAUAAUGAUAAUGAUGAUAAUAGUAAUAAUGAUAAUAAUGAUAAUGAUGUGAGUGAGUGUUUGUUUGUUUGUUUGUUCGUUUGUUUGUUUGUGUAUCGUCCUUAAUGACUCUUGCUCAGGUGUGAUUGGUUGGCACCCUCCUCCUCCUCCUCCUCCUCCUCCUCCUCCUCCUCCUCCUCCUCCUCCUCCUCCUCCUCUUGUUCAAUUAUUCCCAAAUUUAAUCUCUUUCUUCUCUCUUUUCUUCUUCUUCUUCUUCCUCUCCUUCUUCUUCUUCUCCUCCUCCUCCUUCUUCUUCUUCUUCUUCUUCUUCUUCUUCUUCUUCUUCUUCUUCUUCUUCUUCUUCUUCUUCUUCUU